AUGCCAUAUAUAGAAAUGAAGAGCAAAAUAAGCAAGGUUCUUGGCGUCUGUAAGAAACAUAAAGCAACUACAAGAAACUCGUGCUCUCUUUCCAAACUUUCCAAAGUAUCAGAGCGCGUGCAAGGCGUGAACACAGCUACUCAUACCUGCCACGACGAUGAGAAGCAGAAUAUUGUUUCUUCAGGUUUGGAUACUUUUGCUCGGGAUAGUGAAACCAAUGAGUCCGCUGAAAUGCUUGUCGAAGACAAUUCUCAGUGUCAGUCUCAGUCUCAGUCUCAGGCGUUUUCAUCUUCCGUUGGUGGUUCUGAAUCUGUCGACAAAACGGAAAAUGCUUGCAAUUAUAUGUCAAACUCGGAUACAAUAUUCUCACCUGUUCUUAACGAUGAACUGAAUGGAACUGAUCGAGUGUUUACGGCAGGAAACUCUGUGAACUGGGAAAUUCCGAGGUGGGGAGGCGACGAGAGCAGCAACAAGAUUUGCUUUGACAACCAAACGUGCAACGUUUCUGAUUUCUACAUCUCUGACGUUCUUAUUGCGAGCUUACCGUUUGAUGAGAGUGGGAACAACGAUGCUUUCGCCGAAAUAAGCCCUUUGCCUCAUUACAUCUUCCCUGAGCAGUACAUGAUACUGCCUUACUUAGAAGAUGGAUCAGCCAACACAGAUGAUGUUAAGUCAGAUGUUGACAGCAGGAUUCAUCUUGACAACCAUGACUUAUUUCUGGCAUUCAACAGGACGAGAUCACACACUGUGCAACCAGAGGAUCAUGCUGAGUCUGAACAAGCUGAAGAGUUUGAUCCUCAACUUUUUAUAAGGAAUCAGCCGGAGUUAUCGGAUGUUGUAUCCAACUAUUGGCCUAGGGAUAACCUAAGAAAGAAGGCUGUGACCCUUGUCCUUGAUUUGGAUGAAACUCUGGUCCAUUCGAGUCUGGAAUCAUGCAAUGUUGCAGAUUUUUCCUUCAAAGUCUUUUUCAACAUGCAAGAAAACACGGUCUAUGUGAAACAGAGGCCACACCUGUACAAGUUCUUGGAGAGGGUGGUCGAGUUGUUUCAUGUUGUUAUCUUCACUGCAAGCCACAGCAUCUACGCCUCACAGCUUCUCGAUAUAUUGGACCCAGAUGGAAAGUUCAUUUCACAGCGUUUUUACCGCGACUCAUGCAUUCUUUCUGAAGGAAUUUACACCAAGGACUUAACUGUUCUGGGUCUUGAUUUGGCCAAAGUGGCUAUCAUUGACAACUGUCCGCAGGUGUAUAGAUUGCAAAUAAACAAUGGGAUCCCUAUCAGAAGUUGGUAUGAUGAUCCAUCUGAUGAUGGUUUGAUUUCUAUACUUCCCUUCUUAGAGACUUUGGCUGUUGCGGAUGAUGUUCGGCCUAUCAUUGGCAGGAGAUUUGGUAACAAGGAAUAA